CGGGACGAUCAAGGGCGAAGGUGCAGGUCAUCGUGCGGGGGUAGUUUUGGUAUACUUCCUACUAGGUAGUUAGUAAGGGAAUUGCUAGCGUAAUAAUGACAUUUGUCUCGGAGAAGAAGAUCGAUCUUCAGAUUCCACUUUAUCAGGUCCGUAGACGAAGUAUUGCCAUAUAUACCUAAUACCUCUCCAACUUAUCAAUCUAUAUCGUCUAAUUAUCUAGUACCAUUUACCAAAUUCUUAACAUUAAUACUAAGUCAACAUGGGACUCGCGAGCCCAACUAUUGAUGCGUUUUUGAAGCAUCCGGAGCUCUUACACACUCAAGCCUACGUCAAUGGGAAAUGGGUCGACGCAAAGUCAGGCAAGAGAUUUGCCAUCAUCGACCCAGGGACCAAUGAAACAUUCGCAUCAUGUCCAGACAUGGCAGCCGAGGACGUCGACGACGCCGUGAAGGCGGCUCAGGAAGCAUUCCUGACCUACCGCACUUUCACACCUCGGGCUCGCGCUGACUUGCUCACUAAGUUCGAUGCCCUCAUAAGGGAGCACAAGGACGAUCUCGCCACCAUUCUUGUAUAUGAGAGCGGGAAACCGUUAGCCGAAGCUCAUAGCGAAAUCGAGUACGCGGCCUCAUUCACGCGCUGGUUCGCUGGCGAGGCGGAGAGAAUUCAGGGCGCAACGUACCCUGCCGCAAUGCCCGGACGACGGAUCUUCACUAUCAAGCAGCCGCUGGGUGUUUGCGCCGCUCUGGUUCCCUGGAACUUCCCCAUCGCCAUGGUCCUUAGGAAAGCCAGUGCCGCACUAGCAGCAGGCUGCACGAUGAUCGCGAAGCCAUCACCAGAGACCCCCCUAUCAGCACUGACACUAGCAUACCUAGCCGAGAAAGCCGGGUAUCCAAAGGGCGUAUUCAACGUGUUGCCAACGACCCUAGCCAACACCCCCUCCCUCAGCGAAGCUCUCUGCAGACACCCGACGGUGAAGAAGGUCUCGUUCACCGGCUCAACCCGCGUCGGCAAAAUCCUAUCCGCGCACUGCGCCGACACGCUGAAGAAGUUGACCCUCGAGCUCGGCGGCAACUGCCCCUUCGUCGUCUUCGACGACGCGAACCUCGACCAAGCAUGCGACGCCCUAAUGGCCCUGAAAUUCCGACACGCAGGCCAAGCCUGCAUAACCGCAAACCGGGUGUACGUGCAAUCCGGUAUCUACACAGCCUUCUCCUCCCUCCUCGCCCUUAAAGCGCAAACCCUCCGUCUCGGACACGGCAUGGACCCCAGCACGACCAUGGGUCCGCUCACCGUGCCCUCCGGGCUCGAUAAAGUGGCGGCGCAAAUCGCCGAUGCGCAGGAAAACGGGGGCACGGUGUUGACGGGCGGGAAGAGAGUCAGUGGCAACACGGGUUAUUUCUUCGAACCGACGAUCAUCGCGGACGCGACGCGCGCGAUGAGGAUUGCGGAUGAGGAGACGUUUGGGCCGGUGUUGGCGCUGUUUCGGUUUGAGACGGAGGAGGAGGCGGUAAGGUUGGCUAAUGAUACUAGUAUGGGCUUGGCGUCGUAUUGCUUCACGAAGAAUGUUGAUCGGAUGUGGCGUAUGUUCGAGAACCUCGAGGCCGGGAUGAUUGGGUUGAAUACUGGAAAUUCGUCCGCUGCCGAGUCGCCGUUUGGCGGGAUCAAGGAGUCGGGGUUCGGCAAGGAGUCUGGCAAGGAUGUUGCUAUCAAUGAGUAUCUCAUUACUAAGACUGGGACGUUGACUCUCGAGGGACAAUAUUGAAAUGAAAACCUACGUGAUGGGAGAGUUAUCUGGUAAUGGUAAGGUAGGUUUGGUGAUGGUAAUCUAAGGAUAUUAAAGGGGUACGUAGGGGUGCUAUUGGGGGGUUUGAAAUAUCGAGAUUGCAUCUAUGUGGGAAGAUACCGCCAAACCACCAAGGCUAUUAUGAUUAAUGAAUACCUAGUACCAUCGGAUAUUUCAUAAUACGACAUCAAAAGCGUCUUCUUCUGACUUCAUCGGGUAUAUAACACGCACCUAGUUAGGCUACUAUAUACGAAGAGUAGCCGUCAUAAA